GGGUAAAAAACUUAUAAUAUUAGCAUGGUACUCUCAGUUGACUCUCAAUCACUUCUCCAGUGCCUCGUAUGAUUAAACAAACAAGAAAAUGUAACGGAACGUACACGUGAACGCAUUUUGAAUAUGUCUUUGUUUUGAACGCACUUUUUUUUCUUGCUGUCAGUGCCAAUGUCAUUUUUAGUAAUUUUAGGAUUUUUAGGUGACAUCUUGCUUUGCUGUAUUGCAUUGCCUGCAACGUUAAGCGUAUUUUUAAAUCGAUAUUUUGUACAGUUAUUGCAAUUCAAACGUUAUCUAACUGCAGUAAAGUAAUAUAAAUAAUAAUUAAGUGUUAUAAAAAUAACAUUGCUGAAAGAGAACAACAAAGUUAAAGCGCAUUACCCUUAAAAACUUAUUAGUUAGGUUAUGUUUUGAUUUCGCACACGUGAAUUUAAAUUUAAAAAAUGUCUGAAGAAGACAGUAACGUUAACUCCAAUACCAAGUACAAGGACGGUGUCAAUAGAAACGCCAGGCUGAUCGUCCGAAACAUAUCGUUUAAAGCUACGGAGGAAUCUCUGAAGGAACACUUUGCGUCUUAUGGAACUGUUGAAGAGGUGAAACUGUUGAAAAAACCCGAUGGCAAGCUGGUGGGUUGCGGCUUCGUGCACUUUACACAUGUACCUCAAGCUAAUAAAGCUAUAGCAGCCACAAAUAAGAAGCCUUUUCUUGGUCGACCGAUCUUCGUUUCGUGGGCUGUUUCAAAAGACAAAUACACAGAACAGAGACAGGACACUGAGAAAGGGCCCAAGAAGAGAUUGAACAGUGGAGCAUCAGCAGAUGACAGUAAGGAUGAUAUCCAAGAAAUAAAACCUGAAGACUCAAAACCAAAGAAGAAUGAACCAAGAAUAAACCGCAAUGCCCGCCUCAUCAUCAGGAAUGUCUCUUUUAAGGCCACCGAAGAGUCGCUCCGGGAGCACUUUGAGCCCUAUGGCACUAUUCAUGAGGUCAAACUGCUAAAGAAACCGGACGGGAAGCUGGUGGGUUGUGCGUUUGUGCAUUUCAAGAAUGUACCAAUGGCUAAGAAGGCUCUGUUGAAUACUAACAUGAAGCCCUACUUAGGUCGGCCGAUCUCCGUGGAUUGGGCGGUAGCGAAGAACAAGUACAUGCAGUUCGUGGUGAACAAGCAGAUCGAGAUGGAAGAUGAAGUCAAGAAGGAGGAGUCGGACAGUGAUGACGACAAGCCACCCAUCAACAUCUCCAAUGAUGAACUGAAGAAGGAGAUCAAAAGUGAAUCUGAUAAUGAUUCCUCUGAAUCUGACGAUGAAAAGGAUUCAGAAGCAGAUGAUGACAGUGAUGUAAAAGAUGAUGAUUAUGAGCAGGAGGAGGAGGAGGAGGAGGAGGAGGCUGAAGAUGAUGAGCAUGCCGAUGAUGACGAGAUGGAUAAUCAGAGUGAAACUAGUACUAUAGCUGAAAGGAAACGAAUAAAACUGAACGACGCCGAGGACGGUCGCACGGUGUUCGUAACAAACAUUCCGUUCAGCGUCCACAACGACCAGCUCCGAGCGUUCGCCGAGAACACAGGACCCGUGCAGUACGCUCUAGUCUGCGUGGACAAGUUGACCGAGCAUUCUAAAGGGUCUGGCUUCGUCAAGUUCGAGAAAGAAGAGGACGCAAAAACUUUUCUCGCUCUCUCAGCAAACGACCUUCGCUUGGAGGGGCAAGUGCUGCAGCCCCGGCCGGCGCUCAAGAGGGAGAGCUUACAGAAGGCCUCCAAGCAGCCCAAGGACAACCGCAACCUUUAUUUGGUUAAAGAGGGAGUGAUCGUUGCGGGCACGAAGGCAGCAGUGGGCGUGUCCGCGUCCGACAUGUCCAAGCGACUCGCGCUGGAGCGCAGCAAGACGCAGAUGCUUAAGAACCUGAACAGAUUCGUAUCCCGCUACCGUCUAGUGGUGUCCAACCUGCCACCUGACAUGGACGACGGGCGCCUGCGCCGCGCGUGCGCGGCGGCGGCGGGCGCGCGCGCCGUCGUCACGGAGUGCCGCGUCAUGCGCGACCUGCGCGCGCCGGUGGGCGCCGACGGGAAGCAUCCCUCGAAGGGCUACGGGUUCGUGAUGUUCACGCGGCACGAGGACGCGCUCGCCUGCCUGCGCAAACUGAACAACAACCCCGACAUAUUCGACAGGAAUAACAGACCAAUAGUAUCAUUCUCAAUCGAGGACCGAACCGCCCUGAACGCCAGAAAGAAGAGGCUCGAGAAAUCCAUCGCCAACAACCCUCUAGCCAACAAGGAAGACCAAAACAAAAGGAAAAACAGGAAACGGAAACACCCGUCACAACCUGACGAGAGCUAUAUGAAGAAAGGAAGAUUCGAGAAAAAACCUGGCAAAAAUCUAGAUAGCCAAGAUCCCAAACAAAAUGGUUUUAACAAACGGGGGAAACAGAUAAAUCAAAAUGAACCGGGGAAGUUCGUUAGGAAACCAAGAGAUGAUGAAGAAAUAGAGUACUCAGGUUUAACAGCGAAAGAAGGCACACAGCAUAAAAUGAGGAGUUUCCAUAAACUAAAAACCCAAGCGGACAUCCAUAGACAACAGGUCAAGAUGGAGAAGAAGAAGGGAGGGAAGGCUUGGAAGUUAAAGAUGGCGGCGAAAGAGAGGGUCAAACAGCCGAAACAGAAGAUAAAUAAGAACCCGAAUAAGAAGAGGAGGCGGCCUAAUAGGAACGCUAAUAAUAUUAGAUGAACUGUGUUAAUAAAUUAUGUUAUGUAUUA